AUGGGUAUGGGGGAUUGGAUAGAGGGCCCCUCUGCACCCAGCGGCGGCAACACGGGCAAGAAGAUCGUGUGCUACUUCACCAACUGGGCGCAGUACCGCCAGGGUGAUGGCAAGUUCCUGCCGGAGGACAUUGACCCGACGCUGUGCACGCAUAUUAUAUACGCAUUCGGGUGGAUGAAGAAGCACAAGCUGUCCAGCUUCGAUGCCUCCGACGACACCAAGAACGGAAAGAAGGGCCUCUACGAGAGGGUCAUUGACCUCAAGAAGAAGAACCCAAACCUCAAGGUCCUUCUCGCCGUUGGCGGCUGGUCGUUCGGGACUCAGCGGUUCAAGGAGAUGGCGUCCAACAGCUACAAUCGGCGGCUGUUCAUCUUCAGCGCGCUGAACUUCCUGCGCAGGCGCAAGUUCGAUGGCCUCGACCUCGACUGGGAGUUCCCGCGUGGCAAUGAGGACAAGAAGAACUUCGUCGAACUAGUCAAGGAUGAACUCUUGGAAGCGGUGCGGGAACUAAUUUCAAAAAGUGGGGCUGUGGCGUUUCAGAACGAGUGCAGAAUUCGACCACAGUCUUUCCUGGAACUUCUCAGCUUCUGCUAA